UGAACGGACAGCCUAUGAGCCCCACUCAAAGCGAGAGAAUCGCACACAAGGAGCGGGAUGGCGAGGAUACCGGCGCUGCACAUCCGCGUCCUUCUCGUGGGUUUCUCCCUGACUGGGUGCCUGACACUCCGGACGAGCAAAGGUGCGACGUCGGCUGACGAGGAGCGGGACGGCGAGAGCGACGCGGAGGCGCCGUGCGAGGUGAAAACCGUCACCGUGUCUACCUUGCCCGUGCUCCGGGAGAACGAGUUCAGCUUCACCGGUGGAGCCUCCGGGAGCGUGGUUGGAGGAGGGAGCGCUGCUGCUGCUGCUGCUGGAGCAGGUGGUGCUGGUGGAGGAGGAACCGGAGGAGGUGGAGCGGGGGCAGGAGGAGGAGGUGGUGGAGGAGGAGGAGGGAGCGAAUCCAGGCUCCUGUUAUUCGUCCGAACAGACCUACCUGGCCGAAUUUCUGUAAUGGAUGAUCUGGACAACACAGCUCUUCCCUACUUCACACUCGAGAUGUCUGGUACGGGAGAGGAGAUUUCUCAGGUGCACUGGAAGCAACAGUGGUUGGAAAACGGGACGCUGUACUUCCACGUCUCCAUGACUGAGCCUGAACUCUUGGCACAGACGACACAACCCACAGCUCGGGAGCCAGCUCAUGCACUGCACGAGCACAUGCAUCUGCUUCACAUCUCAGUUAUGGGGGGACUCAUUGCCCUUCUCCUCCUAAUUCUCCUCUUCACCCUGGUCCUGUAUACCCGUCAUCGAUGGUGUAAACGUCGCCGGAUCCCACAAAAAAGUGCCAGCACAGAAGCCACCCAUGAGAUCCACUACAUCCCCUCUGUCCUGCUGGGUCCGCAGGGCCGUGACAGUUACCGGGGCUCCCGGGGCACUCACCAGCAUGGCAGCUCCGUCAUUGGAAUGCCGAUUCGCGAGACUCCUAUUCUCGAUGACUACGAUUGUGAUGAAGAGGAUGGAGUUGGACACUCACUUAACUCCACACCCAACCAGCUCCACAAGUUCAACGAUGGGAAGAUUCUCGAUGAAUAUGGAGUUAAUGUUGGCAUUGGAGGACAUGCAGACAUCAUGUGCAAGGAUGACAAUAUCAAACAUAACUUUGAAAAAACAGCUAUCGAAGCAAACACUGACUCAAUAGAGGACUUGAUGCAGAGGUUCCAGGACAACUUUCGUGUUCCCAACACACCAACCAACAUGUCCCAUUACCAGCAUACUGUGCACAGCUCAUCAACAGGCCGACGGAGGCUCUCCAGCCGCACCAGAGUGACUGGAGGUGUGUAUGGUCCCCAACAGGAAUCGAGUUCAGAGCCUGAAGAUGACAAUCAAAUGAAGUUUUAUACAGAGCAGAACAGAGGACAAAGGCGCAGUAAAGGCCACUCACAAAGUCCCCUGAAUAAGGUCACCCUGACACUGAUUACCAUCAGCACGUGUGUCAUCGCCAUUGUCUAUGCUACACAGGACUCCUGCCCUCUUACUGUCAAGGUUACUCUCCAUGUGCCAGAGCAUUUUGUUGCAGAUGGAAGCAGUUUUGUGGUGAGCAUGGGCAGCUUUCUGGAUGUCUCCAACUGGCUAAAUCCAGCGAAGCUAACGCUUUACUACCAGACCAAUUCAUCAACACAGUGGGUCCAUGACUACUGUGGUCAAAGGACCACUGAGCCCUGUGAACAGAUUUGUGACCAGGAGACAGGUGACUGCAGCUGUCAUGAGGGUUAUUCCCCUGACCCUGUCCAUAAACAUCUCUGUGUUCGCAGUGACUGGAGUCGCAAUGAAGGUCCUUGGCCAUAUGCUCACUUCGAGAAAGGUUACGACCUAGUUACAGGAGCGCAGGCCCCAGAGAGAAUCUUCAGAUCAUUCUACAGUUUGGGCCAAGGGUUGUGGCUCCCAGUCAGUAAAAUCUUUGUAGUGCCACCAGUGGAACUGUCAAUCAACCCAAUUGCCAGCUGCAAGACAGAUAUGUUGGUUACCGAAGAUCCAGGAGAGGUCAGGGAAGAGGCUUUGAAGUCUACGUACUUUGAGUCAGUACAGGACCUGUUGGCGUCCUUUGGACCUGUUCGUGACUGCUCCAAAGACAAUGGUGGCUGCAAAAAAAAUUUUAAGUGUGUAUCUGAUCGACAGAUGGACUCCUCUGGUUGCAUGUGUCCUGAGGGGUUGAGACCGAUGAAGGAUGGCUCUGGUUGCUAUGACUACUCCAGAGGCGUUGACUGCACGGAUGGCUUCAACGGAGGUUGUGAACAGCUGUGCCUUCAGCAGCUUGUACCCCUUGAAGAUGACCCCACUGCCAACAAUAUUCUUAUGUUUUGCGGGUGCGUGCAGGAGUACAAGUUGGCAGGAGACGGGCGCUCCUGCCUUCUGCAGUCAGAGAACUGUGAGGGACAAAAAUGCCUGAGGCAAGAUGUCCACUUCAAUGACACUCUGUUUGGUGAGAUGCUGCAUGGAUAUAACAACAAAACGCAGCAAGUCAACUUGGGGCAGAUAUUCCAAAUGACCUUCCGGGACAACAACUAUAUUAAGGACUUUCCACAAUUAGCCGAUGGUCUCAUGGUCAUCCCCUUGCCAGUCGAGGAACAGUGUCGGGGAAUCUUGUCAGAGCCAUUACCCAAUCUGCAGCUUCUGUCAGGCGAUGCCCAGUUCAGUGAAGCGGUAGGCUAUCCCAUGGUUCAACAGUGGAGGGUGCGCAGUAAUCUUUACAAAGUCAAACUCAGCUCGAUAACCUUAUCCACAGAAUUUUCUAAGGUGCUGAAGACGCUUUCAGGUGAGAGCACACGCGAGGAGCUCCUUGCUUUUCUCCAGCAGUACGGCAGUCAUUAUGUGUCAGAGGCCCUUUAUGGCUCCGAGCUCAGCUGCAGCAUCUACUUUCCCAGCAAGAAGUCCCAGCAGCAGCUUUGGCUGCAGUACCAGAAAGAGGCAACAGAUCAAGGAGUCGGAGGCGGAGGGCGACGGGAGAUUAAGUCUGUUCCCUUUAUCAACUACCUGUUAGCUCUACAGAAGAGCCAGCUGCUGUCAGAUGACCUGGUAAAUGGCGUAGAGAUCCGCUGUGAAGAAAAGGGUAGCUGUCCCUCUGGCUGCCACCUGUGCCAUCACCAGGGCAUGGUGGGAGGAGGGAGAAGCCGCAGUGGUAAUGGUAGGAGUGGGGAACAGCCUUCUCCCAUCCCUGUCCUCCUUGAAGUCAGCAGGGUUGUGCCACUCUACAGCCUGAUCCAAGACAACAUCACCAAAGAGGCCUUCAAGAGCGCCACAAUGAGCUCAUACUGGUGUGCUGGAAAGGGCGAUGUCAUUGAUAACUGGUGUCGCUGUGACCUGAGUGCCUUCAGCAAAGACGGCCUGCCUAACUGCAGUCCCCUCAGGCAGCCAAUAUUGCGUCUAUCCCCUAACCUGGAGCCCUCAAGCACAACAGUGGCCCUGGAAUGGAUGGAUGUGGAGCCACUUAUUGGCUGCAAAGUUUCUGACUACGUAAUUCAGCAUAAACGUGUGGAGGAUCCUUCAGAAGCAGAAAUCUACACAGGUGAGGUACUGAGCUUGAAGGAUGAUGUAUUCUCUGGCUUGAGCUCGUCUUGUGUCGUUGCGGGAAAAAGGACCGGAGAUCACCCCCAGUCUGUGAUCUAUUCCGUUGUCUUCAAGUGCCUGGAACCUGACAGUCUGUACAGGUUUACCCUUGCUGCAGUGGAUAAUCGAGGCAGUCACACAGAGUCGAGCUUUGUCUCUGUACGCACAUCUUGCCCGGUGGUGGAUGACAGUCGUGCAGAAGAAAUAGCCGACAGGGUGUACAACUUAUACAACGGCUACACCAGUGGAAAGGAACAGCAGAUGGCCUACAAUAUGCUGAUGGAGAUUGCCCCUCCGCUGCUCUAUAGAGUCCAGCACCACUACAAUUCCCACUAUGAGAAGUUUGGGGACUUUGUAUGGCGGAGUGAGGAUGAGCUUGGCCCCAGGAAAGCAAACCUGAUACUUCGCAGGGUGGAAACGAUCAGCCUCUACUGCCGAUCCCUCCUUCGCAGUACCCACAUCCAAAGUCGCACAGACACAAUGGCGUACAUCUACUGCAGGAGCGAAGAGGGUGGACCUCCCAGCAUGUGGCAUGGUUCAUUACAUGAAAGACGUGCUCUGUGCAUGGAAAAGCUCAUUUCUUUACAGCGUAACACUUACAGUAACACCAAACUCCGGUGAGAGACAAAUGGAGAGAUGAGCACACAUCAUCUUUUUCUGCAAAAUGACAUCAUUGAUUAUUGAACCUCAUUGGUACUCUCUGCAGCAAGUGUCUCGCACAUGACUGGCGCAUUUAAAAAAAACCAGGAGAGCCUUCGAAGAAUCCUCAGAAAUUACCGAACAUCUUUUUAAAGCUACACAAAAACAUAUUUUUGUGUGGCAUACUUUUAUCAGAAGACAGAAGAUAUGGAAGAGUUACUGGAGUGGACAUGCUUUUCAGCUACAGAAUCCCAAUGGUUGUGCACAUUAGUAAGGAAAUGCAGUAUAAGUCUGUAAAAUGGAUAGUCAAUCAAAAGCAUAAAAAAGAAACAAAAAGUGUGGUUGGCUUCAAUACCAUGAAUGUAUUAAUAAGGUUUGUUUUUGGUGCUUACCUUGGAUAUUACAAAAGAAAAAGGAUAUAAUGAUUCUGUAACUUAUUUGCCUUUGCUACUUUCAUUAAAAAAGAGAAGUGGAAUUAUGUGAAAGUCAUGUAAAAUCUUAUAUUUUUGAAUUUCCAAUCAGUUAAGAAAAAAAUAUUUUCAUCAAGGUUUUAAAAUCAUUAGGCAAGUCAUGAGUUGAUAAUAAACUUUAAUAGCUUUUUUAGGGUUACAGUUGAAAAUCCUGAAGACUGGUGACAUUAUGCAAAGACGGUUUAUCAGUAGAAUAUAAACAAGGCACUCUUGAAUUGUUCUUAAGCUUUAAUUUCUUAGCUAAACUACAUACAUAGUUUUAUUUUUCACUUUACUGUUCUUAAUAACAAACUACAUUUCGUAUAUAGUGCUUUUAUUAAAGGAUGUUUUAAAUGGGAAAGGACGUCCUUAUCAAGAUAUUUUGGUACUGAUAGUCACAAAAAUUAGGUAAGUACUCAUACAUCAUGCAGUGUCAUUUAAAUACAGACAUUUAAAUGACAAAUCUAUUAAACAUGUAUUACAUAAUUAAAGCCUAAGACGUUUGAAGUGCUUGUAAUAACCAACUAUCCUCUUUCUGGUAGCCACUGCUCCCUCAGUGCUGUGCCUCUCAGGCGAGACCUAACCAAGGCGACAAACUAAAGCUUGCGUACAAAAUGUUCCGUGCUUCAAACCGUCUGUCACCUUUGAAAAUCUGUUGUGUUAAAACCUAAUGUGGACACCCACCUGCUUCGCAUUGCCGUGAUCGCUUGCAUAUAUGCUCUUUAGUAUAAAAAUGAAUCACGCCCCUUUAUUGAUCCAUGUGGAAUCUAUCUGGUGUGCCAUGAAAUUGGGGAGCGACCUCAGAACUCCAAAUAUCUGUAGCAAAGCUAACAGCAGGGACAUAAGAUAACCACCCUGAAGGUAUCAGGAAACUUUUACAGUACUGCUGCAACAGCUAUCUGGUGUCUCGAAGUAAGGAUGUACCAUGGCUUUAGCAGCUUUAAAGGAUGAAAAAAAAAAAUUUCCAUGCAGUGGGC